AUUUCCAUGAUGGCAGCCUCCAGGCACCAUUCGUCUUUCCUGCGAUGAUAGACUCGGGCCUAGCCUAUGUUGCAGAGUACUAAGGAAGCGACAACAUUCAUGGCAUAAUUUUAUUGGAGAAAGUGGCCUUGUGGACUGACUUUUCACUCUGACCAUGGACACUCAUUUUGACCUAGUGGAGACAGGCUGUUGUUCUCAUUUAGAGCUUGUGCCACAGCAAAUUGGUCCAGAUAAGAGCUCUAAAAGGCUGACAUUCCCUGGAGUAACUCUACCUGUGGGGCUUCCUCCAGUGCUCCCAUCUCUGGAAAAGGAGAUUGAAAAGUUCCUCAUUGACCCCGAGUCUCUGCCCAUUCACGAUUUGUCUUUGAGUCAGAGGUUAAUCCCUCGAGAACCCAGGUACGAACGUCUCUAUCAUGUGGACACUUGCCCUUUAAAGACCACAAUACAAGUGGAACGACAUCCUACUACCGGCAAACUCCUGGGAUUUACAGAGGAGCUGAUCCCAGACAGUGCCGAGACAUCCCGUAACUCACUAUCUCUGCGGAGAGCUCCAGAUGUGGGCAGUACCCGAAGCAAACAAGAUGUUCGAGGCUCCAAUAUAAACCUCCCUUUUUGGCCAGGUGGUCUGGACACCACAGCUGACCAACUUCUGGAGGAAGUGACGGAGACUGAACUCAAACCAUCCGUGCUAGAUCUCGAUAAUGCCGAUCAAUACUUGACCACUCCUCCUGGCUUCCAAUCUGGCCUUCACUUGGCCUCUAGUGCAACCUCGGAGUCAGCAACUGUUCCAUCCAACUCUGCUGAUACCCCGACUGUCAUUAAUCUGGCAGACAUCAUGGCUGUUGAUGACAACCUGGACCUGGGUGACAGUGAUGAGGAAAAAGAUGAGGAUGGAAAGGUUGAUGGUGAUCUAGACACAAAGGAAACCAUAUCAGCCGAACUAACCAGAAGCGAAAGUCUGGAGAACCUAGUUCAGCCAAGUGAUCAGGCCCCACCAAAGACGCAAUCUGAGGAACAACCAGUGAAGAAAAAAGCUGCUCCACCCAAGGAGGAAUGGGCUGUGAAAGUGGACAUCAGCUCCCCAGUUCAUGAUUUCUACAAGAGAAUACCCAACAUGGCUUACAAGUGGCCUUUUGAACCAGAUAUCUUCCAGAAACAGGCAAUUCUCCGGCUAGAGAGUCAUGACAGUGUGUUUGUGGCAGCGCACACCUCAGCCGGCAAAACUGUUGUCGCUGAGUACGCCAUUGCUCUCUCUCUGAAACACAUGACACGGACAAUUUACACCUCUCCGAUCAAGGCCUUGUCCAACCAGAAGUUCCGAGACUUCAAGCAGACUUUCGGAGAUGUGGGUCUGGUCACUGGAGAUGUACAGCUCAACCAAACAGCAGCCUGCCUCAUCAUGACCACCGAGAUUCUCCGGUCUAUGCUUUACAAUGGCUCUGACGUGAUCCGAGACCUGGAGUGGGUCAUCUUCGACGAGGUUCACUACAUCAAUGACUCGGAGCGGGGCGUAGUAUGGGAGGAAGUUCUCAUUAUGCUGCCCCAGCAUGUCAACGUCAUCCUGCUCUCCGCCACCGUGCCCAACACAAUGGAGUUUGCUGACUGGGUCGGACGAACCAAACGGAAGAAGAUGUAUGUUGUGAGCACCGCUAAACGACCGGUUCCUCUCGAGCACUUCCUGUACACUGGCAACAGUACCAAGACGUGCAAUGAGCUGUUUCUCUUGCUGGACGCGAAAGGCAGUUUUCAAACCUCUGGGUACAACAAAGCCAUGGAGGCAAAGAAAGAACGUGCUAGUAAGAAUUCUCAAGGUUUUGGAGCCAAAGGGACAAGACAAGGGAACCCAAUGCAGGACAAGAACACCUGGCUGUCUGUCAUCGAAAUGUUGAAGAGAAAAGAUAAACUACCUGCUGUGGCCUUCACCUUCUCAAAGAAAAAAAUAGAGGAGACUGCUUCCUCUCUGCAGAGUGUGGAUUUAACUACAGCGAGUGAGAAAAGCGAGAUUCACGUGUUCUUCCGUCGAUGCAUCACGCGAUUGAAAGGUUCAGACCAGACGCUUCCUCAGGUGUUACAACUAGAGGACUUGCUUCGUCGAGGUCUGGGCAUUCAUCACAGCGGUGUAUUACCCAUUCUCAAAGAGGUUGUCGAGAUGCUGUUCCAGAAAGGUCUUUUAAAGAUCCUCUUUGCCACCGAGACCUUUGCCAUGGGAGUGAACAUGCCGGCCCGCACUGUGAUCUUUGACAGCAUACGCAAACACGAUGGCACAAACUUCCGGAACCUUCUGCCGGGCGAGUACAUCCAGAUGGCGGGCAGGGCCGGUCGACGUGGCCUGGACACUACAGGAACAGUCAUCUUGUUAUGCAAAGGGGACGUCCCUGAGAUGUCGGAGCUGCAUAAAAUGAUGCUGGGUAAACCGACAUGUCUGGAGUCUCAGUUCCGCUUGACCUACACAAUGAUCCUGAACUUGCUGCGUGUGGAGCAGUUGCGUGUACAGGACAUGAUCAAACGCAGCUUCUCCGAGUUCCACCAUCAGAAAGACACGGCUGUCCACCGCAAGGCCCUGGAGGAAUUGAAGCAAAAGAUGACUGGAAUCAAGAACAUUGAGUGCUACUUGUGUUCACUGGAUCUGGAAAAGUAUUACGAGGAUUGCCGUGAAUAUCACGAGCUACAGAGAUAUUUGCAGUCUGUGAUGCUGACCAACCCGACAGCUCUUAAGCUCCUGUCCCCGGGCCGAGUGUUGAUGGUCCGGCGGCCUCUGGGCCAGGCAGUUCUGGGCGUGGUGCUUGCCUCGUCUGUCGGAACAAACAAUGAGCGGAAGUUCACAACACUGGUGCUUUCAGAGAAAGGAGAAGAGGGCCUCGGAGAACCUUCAAAACACAGAGUGGGUCCGGUUUUGCCUAGUUCUCUUUUCCUGCCGGAGGGUGCCAGCUGGCAACAGGUGCUAGAGCUCAAGAGCAAUGACAUUGCACGUGUCACCACCAAGGUCAUUCGCGUGGACGCUGAUGGGAUUAUCCAUGACACAAGGCGUCGAGAUCAUCCCCGCUUCAAAGAUGAGCCACCAGACCGCUGUGUUACCACAGCAACGCAAGAGCUGCUGCGACUGAGCGAGUCCAAUCCUUCAGGGUUGCCAGGACUUCAUCCAGUCAAUGACCUAAAAUUCCGAGACAUGGAUCUAGUAGAACAAUGCCGCACUCUUCAGUUUCUAGAGGAGGGUUUCUCCGAUUUCAACUGCCCCCGGUGUCCAGUCUUUCUGGAACAUUUCUCCGAGCAUGACAGGAAUAUGGCCCUGAAGGACGAGUACAGGCGCCUGCAGUAUCUCCUGUCUGACGAAAGUCUGGCCCUGCUGCCGGAGUACACACAAAGGGUUCAGGUGCUGAAGCGUUUGCACUACGUGGACAACACAGGCACAGUACAGCUUAAAGGUCGCGUGGCUUGUGAGAUCAGCAACCAUGAGCUCAUGAUCACUGAGCUGGUCUUCGAAAAUGUCCUCACUGACCUUCAUCCCACAGAUAUUGCUGCUGUCUUAUCGUGUUUUGUGUUUGAGAUGAAACGCUGCAGUGAGCCAAAGCUGACGGAUACUUUACUCAAAGCCAAAGAGCAGAUUCUACAGAAAGGAGAAAUGAUAGCACAGCUGCAGAAAGAGGAAGGGAUGAAGACUCCAGUGGAAGAGUUCACAGAACAGUUCCACUUUGGUCUGAUGGAAGUUGUCUUUGAGUGGGCACGUGGCAUGCCUUUCUCCGAGAUCACAACUCUGACCGAUGUCCAGGAGGGCAUUAUUGUGCGCUCCAUACAGAGACUUCAUGAGACCAUGAGUGAUGUGCGGAACGCAGCCCGGCUCAUCGGUGACCGCACACUGGCACAGAAGAUGGAAGAGGCAAUGAAUAUGGUGAAGAGAGACAUUGUGUUUGCGGCCAGCCUCUACACGCAGUGACCUAGUUCUUCAUUUUGUUUGACAAUCUUAUGCGAUGGCACCUCAGUCCUUUGUUUGAGAGAAUGUAAAAAAGUAGUUGAGCUUGGGUCUCAGUACCAAAGCAUGCAGCAGUUCCUCUGAGUUGAGACCAACCUCCUUGUGACAGCCUAAUUUAGGAUGACUUAAUAUACAGUGGAGUCCACUUCAAACGAAAUCUGCUGGACUGCCGGAUUUACUUUUUUUUAGUUCAGAGAGGUUUAUCAAAUAGAAGAAAAAAAAUGGAGAGUCUGUUAUUAGAUUGACUGUGUUUUGUUUAAGCAGACUCCAGUGAAAUUACUCACCUCCGUAUUAAGACCACCUCUCUCUCAGACCUUUUUGGUGAACAGAUAGGAAAGUCUUAACUCUGAGGGACCACUGUGUGUGAGUGGUUGUUAUGUAGUUUCUAUUUGAAUGAUGCGUAUAGGUGAGAAUUUCUAUUUUGCUUUCGCUUGACCCUUUGCCCUUCUCUCCUGAUACGUGUGCACUGGGAGUGUUCAUUCCACUGACUUUGGCGAGAUGUAAAAAACAUAAAAUUCUUAUUGAAUAGAUAAAAAAAAGGCCUUCUAGAAGCACCAACAAUGCAUUAUGUUUUGAAUUAGAGUUGAUGUUCGCAUAUAUAGAGAUGCUUAAUUCAAAUCAAAUAAGAGUUCUUGUUUUAUUAUACUUACAUGAAUUUUAAAGUACUUUCAUUGCAGGGAAGAUAAAUUUAGACGGCCUGGUUUUUGAGCUCUUGUUAAUGGCUGUGGAUGGGAUAAGGCUGACCUGUCAUAUAUUGGUGUUGUUGCAUCUGGCCGUUGAAGAGAUUUUAAAAAAUGUUUUUGUGGAGUCUAUUGGUGGGACAGUGUCUACAUAGUGUCAAUAAUGCACUAUGAUAAUGGACCACGGUCAAACUUAAAAUACCAACCAUCCUUUUUAACAAGGUUUGACUUGUUAAACUUAUAAGUUUGCACCCCCUCGUAUUUUACUUAAAUAUGAACAAUUUUCCCAUUCAUUCUUUAUUCUCACUGCUCAUGAAGUUAUUUAAUGUCGUCUAUGUAGAACUGUCCAUUUCCUUCUAUGUUGGUGUGCGGUUGUAAUGUUGAAACAAAAAUGAAAAUUGUCAAAUUAUGUUUAAGAUGAUAUGCAUAAAAUAUUAAAUAUGAUAUGCCACUA